GACAGUGGUCAACCAGAAGAUAACCCCAAUAAGCAGUGAUUCAGGAAGCUCUCCACACCUCUACAGCCUGUGAAAACAAGAAAAAAGUAGAGAUCUUUUAUUUAUCAGUACCUUCAACCCCAGCCCUGGCUAAGAUACAGUGUAAAUAAGGAAAUCUCUUCCAUUCCUAAAAAGCAGCACAAAGAAAACAGAUCUGGAAUUUCCUCUUCCUCACAAUGAGAAUAGUGCUAUUCCAAUAAAUCAGAAUGAAUAUCAUGGACAUCGCCAAGAUCUUCUCUCUUCUGCAGCCUGAAAAAGAAGAAGAGGACACUGGCACAGGAGAGAAGCAGGCUCUCAACCAAGCUGUAUAUGACAAUGACUCCAAUACUCUGGACCACCUUCUACAUCAAGAACGCUAUAAACAGUUCAUCAACAGCAGGAGUGGCUGGGGUAUACCUGGAACGCCCUUGCGCUUGGCAGCUUCCUAUGGCCACUUGAAUUGUGUGAAGGUCCUGCUGGAACAUGGUGCUGAUGUUGAUAGCUUAGAUGUCAAAGCACAAACACCACUUUUCACUGCUGUCAGUCAUGGUCAUCUGGAAUGUGUGCGCAUGCUUUUAGAAGCUGGUGCCUGUCCUAGUGGUAGCAUCUACAACAAUUGCUCUCCAGUUCUCACUGCUUCUCGUGAUGGUGCCUUUGCCAUCUUACAGGAGCUCCUAGGACAUGGUGCAGAGGCCAAUGUCAAAGCUAAAUUACCAGUGUGGGCAUCAAAUAUAGCUUCAUGUUCUGGCCCUCUCUAUUUGGCUGCAGUCUAUGGGCAUCUCGACUGCUUCCGUCUGCUUUUGCUGUAUGGGGCAGAUCCUGACUACAACUGCACUGACCAGGCCCUCCUAGGUCGUGUUCCACAGCCUCGCACACUCCUUGAAAUCUGCCUUCAUCAUAAUUGUGAUCCAGAGUACAUUCAGCUUUUAAUAGAUUUUGGAGCUAACAUCUACCUUCCAUCUCUCCCUUCGGAUCUGACUUCAAAAGAUGAUAAAGGCGUCAAAUUACUGCUACAAGCCCGAGCCACUCCACGGUCACUCCUGUCCCAGGCCCGUUUAGUUAUCCGCAGAUCCCUGUGCCAGGCCAAACAGCCGCAAGCCAUCGACCUACUGGAUAUCCCCCCUAUGUUGAUUAACUACCUCAAGCAUCAAUAAGUUUUUGACUUUCCCAGGAAAGUGUGAUACCUCCAAAAGACACCUGGUAACCCAGGUAGCUUGAGGGUAAUACACCUCGUGACUAUUCUGAUGUACUAUUCUCCUCAAUAAAAUCUUCAGCA